UUUGAUACUAGCAACCCUCCGGUUGCCAGCUCACCUUCUGGCAGAUUUUUUCGGGUAGGACCCGGUUUUCAAACGGGCAACUCUCCGGUUUACUGGCUUGCCCCUCUAACCACUAUGCUACCUGCCACCCCACAAGGAGGAUUAUAGCUAAAGAAUAUUUAAAAAGACAAACUUUCAGCGUGUUUUAACGUAUCAUUUGGUGUCUGAAAGGGAUUGCAUCAAGGAAGAUUAAGGUAAUAGGUUUACCUCUACCGUCCGUCCCUCCCUGUGGAGAUGCUCGGCUCUAAUGCUUCACAUGGGUUUCUGUUAAAGGAAUUAUGGCCACCUUGUAUACAGUAUUAGCUAUAGCUUGGCUAUUCUAUAAAGUAACUCCUGCCUCGACAUCUUGUUUACCCGGCUGCUCUUGCACAAAUGAUAACUUGGGAAGAUCCUUACUUUGUAUGGAAACAGCCAUGGGACGAAUCCCAGACAACGUCCCAAAUUAUUUCAGUAAAAUUCGAAUAGAGAAUUCCCACCUGACCGAAUUACCGAGCGGCUCCUUCUCUAAAGUCACUGCCUUGGCGUCUCUAUGGUUGAAUUUCAACGACAUCACCCUAAUGAACAUCAAGAGUCUGGAGGGGCUGACGAAUUUAACGGAACUGCGGCUCCAGGGAAACAAGCUGCGUUCAGUCCCAUGGACAGCAUUCCAGGACACGCCGAACCUGAACAUUUUGGACCUGAAACUCAAUCGACUAGACGUGCUCCCGGAAUCCGCCCUGAGACAACUACCGGGCUUGACCUAUUUAGAUUUAUCCUUCAAUCAGCUUACUGUCAUAUCCAGGGAUGUCUUCCUCAACUGGCCUCUCCUCAACACUCAGGAGAGAAAAGGACGUAAAGAGGCCAGCAGUGGAGAGGCCAACGUUGUUUUAGCGCUGCACGACAACCCUUGGCUGUGUGACUGCCGCCUCAAAGGUUUCGUAGAGUUUAUCAAAACCAUUAGUCCGCCUCUAAUUCUGAUGAACUCGUACCUGACGUGCACGGGCCCCAGUUCCAGGGCGGGGAAGUUCUUCCACGAAGUCGGUUUGAAAACAUGCAUGAAGCCCGAGGCCUCAGCCACAGAAACCAACAUGACGGUGUCACUGGGGGACAAGGUAACCCUCCAGUGCUUAGUCAAAGCCAGGCCUGAACCCUCCAUCCAUUGGUCAUACAACCUGAAGAUUAUAAAGGGAUUUACUGUGGCAGAGACCCGUGUGGACGAUGAGACCAUCAGAUCUCAGCUGGUCAUCCCAUCCAUGCACCUGGAAGACCGAGGAAUCUACACCUGCUUCGCCAACAACUUUAUCGGCAACUUCUCCGUCAGUUUCCUGAUCAACAUCAAGUCUUUCAACGCCUCCUCCUCCGGCGGUGCCGCCAUGUCUCGUCCCCCGUUCCCCCUGUCCUCAGCCGACGAGAACGUCUACAUUGACAUCCGCAUCUCCAAGCAGACGGUCUACGGCAUCACUCUGGAGUGGUACGCUGCGACGGACAACCCUGCAGAGACCUGGUUCACCAUCCACUUGGGGAAAUACCACUCUGAGAAAAAGGAGUUGACAUACAUCGGGCCGGGCAUCAACACCUAUGAGGUCAACGACCUCCUACCGGUUACUAAAUACGAGGUGUGUGUGACGCUGAAGAACCAGACGCCUCGCGCCGGUCAGUGCAUCGUGUUCUUAACAGGAAGUGACAUCAGCCAGCUGGAACAACGGGAGAAGUUCAUCCAUAUUAUCGUGAUCAUGUGCGCCAUGGUGCUGGCGGUGCCUGUGGGGAUGUACGCCUGCACCACCGACACCAGAUGUACGUUCAGCUGCCUGGACCGCUGUACGGAGCAGUGUAAGAGGAGGAGGAGGCAGGAGAAGACCCUGAGGACCAAUGGGGAGAGACAGGGGACCUUCGACAGCCUCCAGGCCGCCAGCGAUGAAGGACUCUGUCGUGACUCUGAAGAGUUGAUGAUGAAGAGGAGGUCCUCCCAGGAUAAAAACAACCACAAGGGCAGAGUACAAGAUCCACAAGAGACAAACAUUGGAGCAAAGCUUUAUUAGCUCUAGGUUUAGCAUAAAAA